GAAAAAAACAUCUUUAUGACACAUGGUGAUGGCAGCAUCAUGCUGUUGGAACAGAAAGAUGGAUGGAGCCCUGAAGACUUGAUGCUGGGCUGGAGCUUCACCUUCCAGCAGGACAACCACCCUAAACAUCCAUGGUUUAGAUCAGAGCAGAUUCAUGGGUUAGAAUGGCCUAGUCAAAGUCCAGACCUAAAUCCAACUGAGAAUGUCUGGUAAGAUUUGAAAAUUGAUCUUCACAGACAUUUUUCCCCCAAUCUAACUAGAGCUUGGUUUAUUUUUAAAAGAAUGGGGGAAACUUCUAAAUCUUCUGUUUUUGAUAUUUCUUUAAAAAAUGUCGGCAACGAGAGAAUCUUUAAUGGCUCUGCAGCAAUUAAACCCUUUAACGGAGCAUUAGGCUGGGAUUUCUUUAUUUUCAAAUUACGAGAAUGAAGUCAUUAUUAUGACAGUAACAAUUAUCACAAAAUUAUCACAAGAAUGUUAGGAGAAAAAAGUUGUUUUAGUGAUAAAAAUGCUCGGAGAGAAGAAUAAUGAUUAUGUUUUUAUCACUGGAACCUCGAGAAGGAAUUCAGAUUGCAACAGAAAUGUUCCAGCUGGGAACAUUCCUGGAAAAAAACCAUAGAGCAACAACAAGAAGCAAAGCCAAGAAAGAGCUGGACUGGUAGAGAACUACACACACACCCACCCACACACACACACACACACACAGCAGACAGCUGGGUUCCAGUAUAAACAUGCAGUAAAUAAUGAACCAGUCUCCCCAACAUGACAGCAGUUUAAGAACGAGAUUCUUUUCCCGUGGCUUUCUGUGGUUCAUCCUCCUGAUUUAUUGAGAAGCACGUGGGAGACGAGCUGAAUGAAGCGCGCGCACAGCAGAGAGGGAGGCUGCUCUCCAACAGGUGCAUCCUCCUCCUCCUCUUCCUCUUUCUCCUCCUCUUCCUCUUUCUCCUCCUGCCUCUCUUUACGCGCUCAGCUCCCUGCCUCUGCUCACUCUGCGGCUCAGACCUGCAGCCCUCAGAUCAAGUGUUGCCCCAAACUUUUCUCUCCGCUCUCAGGCUGAUCCAGCUGCACCACCGCGCUGGUUUUACGCGCAGCAGCUCCUGCAGCUGGAGCUCCCCUCCUCCCCAGCAUGGAUGACGAGUUCCUCUCCAACCUCUCCCCGGCUCCACCCGGAGACCCCGAGGCGUUGACCCCCAACUCCACCGCGGAGCCCGGCUGGUGGGGGGCCUCCGACGGCGGGGAGACGGUGCACUUCGUGGUGCGCUGCGUCAUGACCUCUGUCUACAUCCUCAUCAUCACCGUGGGUCUGCUGGGGAACAUCAUGCUGGUGAAGAUCUUCAUCACCAACAGCGCCAUGCGCAGCGUGCCCAACAUCUUCAUCUCCAGCCUGGCUGCGGGCGACCUGCUCCUGCUGGUCACCUGCGUGCCCGUGGACGCGUUCCGGUACUUCUCGGAGGAGUGGGUGUUCGGCGAGGCGGCGUGCAAGCUCAUCCCCGUCAUCCAGCUCACCUCAGUCGGCGUGUCGGUGUUCACGCUCACGGUUCUCAGCGCGGACAGGUACAAGGCCAUUGUGAACCCGAUGGACAUCCAGACAUCCAGCGCCGUCUUCUGGACUUGUCUGAAAGCCGUGUCCAUCUGGCUGCUGUCCGUCCUGCUGGCCGUCCCUGAAGCCAUUUUCUCACAAGUGAUUUCCAUGCAGGGUCACAGGGACAACAUGAACGUCACCUUCGUGAACUGCGUGCCCUACCCGCUGUCCAAUCAGAUGCAUCCCAAAAUCCACUCUGUGAUGAUCUUCCUGGUUUACUUCCUGAUCCCUCUGACCAUCAUCUCAGUGUAUUACUACCACAUUGCCCGCACGCUGAUCAAGAGUGCCUACAACAUGCCGGGGGAAGUCAGUGAACACACCAAGAGACAGAUGGAGACGAGGAAGCGCCUGGCCAAGAUCGUGCUGGUUUUCGUGGGCCUGUUCGCCUUGUGCUGGUUCCCCAACCACGUGCUCUACAUGUACCGCUCCUUCCACUACCACCAGAUGGAUCUGUCGCUGGCCCACCUCGUCAUCACGCUGGUGGCCAGAGUCCUCAGCUUCUCCUCCUCCUGCGUCAACCCGUUCGCCCUCUACCUGCUCAGCGAGAGCUUCCGCCGGCACUUCAACAGCCAGCUGCGGUGUGGUCGAGGUCCCCGUCCUGAACGCCAGCCCAGCUACAUGCACAGCACCUCUCACAUCCACCUCACAUCCAUCAAGAAGACCACGCCCACCGCCGUCAUUGUGGCUCCGGCAGCAAACGGGAACUCCACCACUCAGGAAGUGGCUCUGUGAAGUUUCCAGGAUCCUCUGCAGAGAGACGAUAAUCAUGUUUGAGAGGAACUCUGGGAAAAAACCCAGAAAAAAAAAAAAAAAAAAAAAACUUCUCACAUGUUGCACCAGCUGGAUGAUUCACAGCAUCAGUAUAAAUCAUGACCAUCAUAAACAACCCAAACAAGAAGUGCCUCUUUGAAACAAAAAAGAGCAGAAACAUCCUGAGAAUGUGCUACAACGCUCCGCAUUUCAGAACAACUGAGGCUGUAGAAACAGGCAUCAACACGUCCAGUCUGAAGCUUUGGAGACGGUUCGUCUGGUAAAAACUUCAGGCAGUGGUUGCACAGACAUGCAACCACUGCAUGUCUAUGAAUGCAGCGGUUCAUAGACAUCCAAAGGCGUUGGGUAGAGUGGUUGAACCUGGAAACAUCUGCAAACUCCUGUUACCUUUGGAGGUAUGAAGGCAGUUUUUCUGUUCAGCUCAACGGGACGCUUUGCAACCCAAAACUGAAAAUUAAACUGCAUGUGGCUCUGCUAGGCAGGCACUGUGCAGAUAAACAGGCACUAUUCUACCAGGUGGAACUCAGGUAAUGAAGUCAGUACCGAGACAGUUUGGUUAUGUAUGUGGUACCUGCAGGAGAAGAGUCGCUACCAGACCUCUCCCUUCGUUUAAUGUGCAGAAUGGACUCGCAUUUCAAGUAAAAUGUUGUAAAAAAGGAAAAAUAAUUUGGUCUUUUAUUGAACAUCACUCACAGUGAAAACCAGACCUAUAAUUAGAGUUUGAGUGUGGAAAACAUCUCAAUUUGACAACAUACUGUUUUAACAAAAUCACUUCUGCAUCUCUGGCUGUCAUCAUAAACUCCUCCAGUAAAAUAAAUGUGAGUGAAACAUUUUUAUUCGUAGCUGUUUAAAGUUGAUGAAGUGUCUGAAACCUUCUAAUUACAAAUCUACAAAUUUAUGUUUCCUUGAUGUACAAAGAUGAUGUGACAGAGAAACCAAAAACACCAUCAAGCAAAACGGAAAAGACAAAAUAAACACGCCAUCCAAGUCAGAAAGGUUUGUGCCGACCUGUGUUCCUCUUAUCACCGUGGAGAGGGAGGAGACGGAACGGCAGGUAGAAACAUCACCAACUCUGACUGGAGUCUCAACGUUUCCCUAACAACCAUUAGAUGCCAUAACAAGUGGUCAUUUUGGAGGAAAGCCAGAAAAAUCUAAGCUUAUUUCAUCCUACCAUCACAAACGUAGUCAUUGUGAUGGCACAUUGUUAUUCUACUGGGACUUUAACUGCAAAUGUUGCUUUGCUCAGAUCAGACUAAGAGUUUCUGGUGUGUGAUAAAGAUGAAUCACUUCAUGUCUCCUGAGUAAGGUAGAGGAUCUGUGAUGCUGAGGUGAACCAGGACAUCGACACAAAAAAUGGAUCCUCGUUGGAUCUAAAACACGUGGCCAGGUCAUCAUAGGAAUGCUUCACCAGACACCAAAUUAGCCUUCUUCUUCUAUGGUUAUCUCAUCUAAAGCCUGCAGAAGAGCUGAAAUAGAAGGUUUCCAUGGGAACCAGGACUCAGAGACUGACUGCUGUUUAAUUACUGCGCCGGUGGCAAAAAGGAGCGACGCAAAGUGUUAACAGCAAUAACUGAUGAUUUUGUUUAAAAGCUAUUUCUUCUCAUGUUAUUUUCCACAAUUAAAGGCUGGAUUUAGAGAAAAACAAUUAUAUUUUAAUGGUUUACUAACAGGUGGUCAAUAUUCAAUUAUUGAGAAAAAAAAAAAAACAAUUCUUCAUGGUGCCACAAUUAUCAGAACAUCUUGAUAAUGUUGUCUGAACUUUGGAGGUUUAAAUGAUUUAAUUAUUUUAAGAAUAAAAUGAUCAAUAUGUGAGUUUGAUAAGAACACAGUGGUUUCCCUAAAACCAGCAAACAUCGUUAGUGUUGAAAAGAAAAACCUCUGCAGGCUCAGAAAGUGAUUAUUUGGAAUUAAUUAACCGAAAGUGAGCUGAACACAAUCCCCGUUUUCCCUCUGCAGCCUGUAAUUAGUGUCUAAUUGCAUUACAGGAAUGCUUUUUUAUUAAAGAGCUGUGAAGUAAACAAUUUCAGAAAUGAGGACUCGGUCAAACUGUGUUUAAUUAAAUGGGAUGAUAUACUUCCAGGAGUCAAGUUUGGGGUUUUCAGCUCAUCCUGCUGCUGGUAUUUAUGUCCAUCUGGUUGCUGCGGGUUGGGCGGUUACCGGCCCAGCAUGCCCUGCUUCCUGUGGGCUUUAAAGACGCUGACAGACGGAGAGGAAAGCGAUGCCUUAUGGGGAGAUUCCUGCUGAUUGCCUGGACUAACAGAACCCAGUGGUCACCAUCAUCAUCAUCAUCAUCAUCAUCAUCGCCAUCAUCAUCGCUUUGUGUUGGUGCUUCAGCCUCAACUCAGAGGGGAUGAUCUGUGCUUUAUUUUUAUGAAAAUAUCCACAAUUUGCUCUUCUUUACGCCAUGUUCUGAUAUUUUCCCUUCUUUCAAAUGCUUGAUGUGUUUUUUAUGUAUUUUGCAUGCUUCUUGUUUUUCUGCUUUGCUCUGUAAUAAAUGUCCCUGUGCAGGCAAGUGAUCA